AUGGGGCCUCAAAUGACCUCUCUUGUUAUUAACCAGAGUGGUCCGGAUGCGGACAAUGCUGCGCCGGCUAGUCCGGAAGUCCAGAGCCCCUCACGGGCUGAGCGCAGGAGGUCCACCAAUGCGGGGUUGAAAGCGUUGGUCAGUAUGAUGGGGCAGAGGAAACAGGAGAUGAAAGCUCUGGCCUACGACGCCACCUUUCAGGAGUUUCAGCAGAAAGCUGCUGCUGAAGCCAGCACCGCAGCGUUCAGCCACUCCAGCGAGUCCACCAGCAGUCAUGAAGCGCACGUGCUGAGCGACGCGCCAAUGGCGAGCACGCUGGAGCUCAUCAGUCGCGCUGGCAAGGCACAGAACAGAACGCAAGCUGGGGUCUGGUCCGCCUUCGGCAAGUCCUAUGUGUGCCUGGGGACUCCUGACGUCACUCUCAACGACAUGCCUCCCGUGAAGAGAGGAGAUCUAUCCAGGCAAUCAGCAGAGGAGUCACAACGGCACAACUUGGAGGAUAGGGGUGGCGGGAAGGGACGAAGUCGACUUCGACAAAGAGAGACUUCUCUGAGUCAGCAGAAAACGAUACACAACGCCUCAAGACGAAUCAGCUGUUCUGGGGACGAGUCGAAAGAGGGUCCGGGAGGGGCCGCCUUGGAAGGGCCCAGCACUUCUCAAUCACAGCCGUUGCCGCAGCUGAAAAGCCGUCGAAGAGACAGGGUUCCGUUCAGCGAGAUCCUCUUUCCCCGCGAGCAGGUCCACGUGUCAGACAAGGGCAAGCGGCGCGCGCGGGCUCGGGGUGGUGUCAUGGGCAUCGGAGCGGGCCAACAAGAAGAAUCUAGUACCAGGGGCCCCUCAGAAACGCCGCCCCCGCCCGCCGGGCCCCUCUCCGAGGCGCAGCAAAAGACCCACUCCAGCCGUUCCGCAAUCGCCCAGCUAACCCUGCAACUAAACCCCCCGUCCUCCCGCCUGGUUAUCAACCUUGACCCGCUCCGGUUACCGCCACCCCCGCCGCAGCACCAGGGCUCGACGCGCAGCUCGAAGCGCGGCUCCUCCGCUCCCAGCUCGCCGCACGCGGCCGCGCCGCGGCGCUUCUCGCACGCGCGCGCGCACGGCGCGAAGCUCAGCCCGAAGCCGUCGGCGCUGGCGGCGCUCAGCCCCGUCGCGCAGUUCAUGCUCGGUUUCGCGGCCACGCACGAGCGCGCGCGCACGCCGCGCGGGGGCCACGCGGCCGCCGGGCCGAGGCUCGUGAGGGAGGCGUCGCUUUUGGGACACGCGGCGAUGGUUGGGAGGAAGACGGGAGAGUUGACUGGAAACGGUGUAACCGAGAAGAAACCCCCGGUCCCAGCGGAGCGGUCCCUCUCCAGCCUCUCCUUCGAGUCCACGAUUCCCCGCUUGCACACUGAGUUCGACACGCUGCGCCAGCGCAUGCGCGAUGAUCUGCGCGCGCGGCUCGAAGCGCUAAGAGCGCGGCGCGAGCGGUGUAUCGAGUCGCCCCGCUUCAUGGGCACGGUGUCGAAACUGCUCGUGAGUCAAAUUCGGAACGUCGGCCGCUCGUAUCCAAUCCACACGGAGGGGAUCUGGGACCUGGCCAAAUCAUCGUUGCAGGAGAGCGCCGAGCUGCUGCGCGCGCGCAAGGAGGAGCAGCAGAACAACGCGCUCAACGUGUUUUACAUGCAGCUGUGCGCGCUCGUCCAGGCGCAGAACACGACGGACAACAUCAUGGUGCUGCUCGUGCAGAAAGCGAGAAGUCUACUCGAAAAUGGUUGGACCCUUCAAAGGCCCUUCUUAUCCGAGCUCUGUCGAUACAUCGCCCAAGUCGAAGAGACGUCCAUCUUCGGCAGCAAUCCCUGCCUCCUUCCCGUGCUGCACUUUAUCCGGCGGCGGCUAUGCCUUCCUGUUCCCGAGCUGAAUCGGAUCCUGCGCGAGGCCGGAAUUGUGUUUGGUUCGGCUGGGCGGUUGAUGCACAGAGAGAUUGAUACUCUUGGUAACAUAACGCUGCAGAAGCUGAAGCCGGUGUAG